GAGGAAGUGCAUUGUGAGAACUGUCUUGUGUCUUUGAUAGGUGACAGGGGGCUGCUGCUGUAAAGCCUCUCUCAUCAUAAUGCCGAGAUUGUGAGCGUCAGCUGGAAUUUAGACAUUUUCUGGGCCAAAGAAGAGGAAACAACUCCACCUUUGAACAAUGGCCAAGUACCACUGGCAGAGUCAGAAUGUGAAGCAGAGCGGAGUGGACGACAUGGUGCUGCUGUCCAAGAUCACAGAAGACGCCAUCGUCGAGAACCUCAAGAAGAGAUACAUGGACGACUAUAUCUUUACUUACAUAGGCCCUGUGUUAAUCUCAGUAAACCCGUUCAAACAGAUGCCCUACUUCACCGACCGAGAGAUCGAGCUGUACCAAGGAGCUGCCCAGUAUGAAAACCCUCCUCACAUCUACGCACUGUCUGACAAUAUGUACAGAAACAUGAUGAUUGACGGAGAAAACCAAUGUGUUAUUAUAAGUGGUGAAAGUGGAGCUGGUAAAACCGUGGCUGCCAAAUAUAUUAUGGGCUACAUUUCCAAAGUGUCAGGAGGUGGAGCCAAAGUGCAGCAUGUAAAAGAUAUUAUCCUUCAGUCCAAUCCACUGCUGGAAGCCUUUGGAAAUGCUAAAACUGUCCGCAACAACAACUCAAGUCGAUUUGGAAAAUAUUUUGAAAUUCAGUUCAGCAGAGGAGGAGAACCUGACGGCGGGAAAAUUUCAAACUUCUUGUUGGAAAAAUCUCGAGUUGUGAGCCAAAAUGACAACGAGAGAAACUUUCACAUCUAUUACCAGUUGCUAGAGGGCGCCAAUGCACAGCAGAAGGAAGGCUUGGGCAUCAUGACUCCAGACUAUUACUACUACCUCAACCAGUCUGGCACGUACAAAGUGGACGGGACCAACGACAGUAAAGACUUUCAGGAAACUAUGGAGGCGAUGCACGUUAUCGGUAUCCCCGUGCAGGUGCAGGCUCAGGUGCUGCAGAUCGUGGCCGGGAUCCUCCAUUUGGGAAACAUCAGCUUCAUCGAGGCAGGAAACUACGGCCAAGUGGAGAGCACGGAUUUGCUGGCUUUCCCGGCGUAUCUUUUAGGCAUAGACCCGACUCGGCUCCAGGACAAACUGACCAGCCGAAAGAUGGACUCCAAAUGGGGAGGCAAGUCCGAGUCCAUAAACGUGACCCUGAACCAGGAGCAGGCCACGUACACCCGGGACGCUCUGGCCAAAGCCCUCUACGCACGGCUGUUUGACUACCUGGUCGAGGCGAUUAACAGAGCGAUACAGAAGCCACAUGAAGAGUUUAGUAUUGGAGUUCUAGACAUUUACGGUUUUGAGAUCUUCAAGAAAAAUGGCUUUGAGCAAUUCUGUAUCAACUUUGUCAACGAAAAACUACAGCAAAUCUUUAUCGAGCUGACCCUGAAGGCUGAGCAGGAGGAGUAUGUGCAAGAAGGAAUCAAGUGGACUCCAAUUGAGUAUUUCAACAACAAAAUAGUGUGUGACCUGAUUGAAAACAAACUGAACCCCCCUGGUAUCAUGUCUGUUCUGGACGAUGUUUGCGCGACGAUGCACGCCAAAGGAGAGGGAGCCGACGGGACUCUACUGCAGAAGCUCCAGGCGGCUGUGGGGACACAUGAGCACUUCAACAGCUGGAACUCAGGCUUUGUCAUCCACCACUACGCUGGGAAGGUGUCGUACGAUGUGAUUGGCUUCUGUGAGAGAAACCGUGACGUGCUGUUUACAGACCUCAUUGAGCUCAUGCAAAGCAGUGAAUAUGACUUUAUCCGUAGUUUGUUUCCUGAAAACCUCAACACUGAUAAGAAAGGCAGGCCCACCACAGCUAGCUCCAAGAUCAAGAAACAAGCGAAUGACCUGGUGAACACACUGAUGAAAUGCACUCCUCACUAUAUUCGCUGCAUCAAACCAAAUGAGACGAAAAGGCCAAAAGACUGGGAAGAGAGCAGAGUGAAGCAUCAAGUGGAGUAUCUGGGACUGAGAGAAAACAUCAGAGUCAGAAGAGCUGGCUUUGCCUAUCGACGACUGUUCAACAAGUUUCUAAUGAGAUAUGCGAUCCUCACAACAGAGACGUGGCCAUCUUGGAGGGGUCCUGAGCAGCAGGGCGUCCUUCAUCUGCUGCGCUCGGUCAACAUGGACACAGACCAGUACCAGAUGGGACGCACCAAGGUCUUCGUCAAGAACCCAGAAUCGCUUUUCCUUCUGGAAGAAAUGAGGGAGAGAAAGUUUGACACUUUUGCUCGAAUCAUCCAAAAAGCCUGGAGACGCUUCAUCGCCAGAAAGAAGUACGAGCAGAUGAGAGAGGAGGCCUCAGACAUCCUGUAUAACUCCAAAGAGCGGAGGAAGAACAGCAUCAAUAGAAACUUUGUUGGAGACUAUCUCGGUUUGGAGCAAAGGCCUGAGCUACGACAGUUUUUGGCCAAAAGAGAACGAGUGGACUUCGCUGAUUCUGUUAACAAGUUCGAUCGCAGAUUUAAGUCGAUCAAGAGAGAUCUGAUCCUGACCCCUAAAGGCAUUUAUCUGAUUGGACGAGAGAAGGAGAAGAAGGGGCCGGACAAAGGGAUGAUAAAGGAAGUGCUGAAAAGAAAGUUAGAGUUUGGGUCCAUCAGUGGAGUCUCGCUCAGCACACGGCAGGACGACUUCUUCAUUCUACAUGAGGCCCAGUACGACAGUCUCCUCGAGUCAAAUUUUAAAACAGAGUUCUUGAGCCUUUUGUCCAAACGAUACGAAGAGGUGACGAAGAGGAAACUGACCAUCUCCUUCAGUGACAGACUGGAGUUCAGGUUGAAGAAGGAGGGAUGGGGCGGAGGAGGCAGCCGAGUCCUGAUGUUUCAGAGAGGCUCCGGGGACAUGUCCCAACUCAAACCUGGAGGAAAAACUCUCACUAUCACCAUCGGCGAUGGCCUGCCCAAGUCCUCUAAGCCGACAAGAAAGAGUGCUCAACAGACCCGUGGAGGAGGGAGGAAUUACACACCCAACAGAGGUUACCAGAAUGGAGCUGCCAAGUUUUCCCGCACUCCUCAAACAAACCAGAGAGAAAGCAUCACAUACUCCACCCCUCAAAGACCAUCCCAACCCCCCAGCGCCAUCCUCCCUAAACUGGGCCCCCAAAGGACCCAAAGAGCACCCGCCCAAAGCCAACACCACCCGGGCAACAUGGACUUCCUCAACGUACCCGACCAGGGCAUGUCAGGAAUGCAGAGAAAGAGGAGCAUCAGCCAGCGCCCUCCUCCGGCUCCCAAACCUCAGCCUCCUCCUCUGGCUCCGCGCUGCAGAGCUCUGUACCAGUACGUGGGACAGGACACGGACGAGAUCAGCUUUGAGGUCAAUGACGUCUUUGAACUCGUCAAACAGGACCCGUCUGGCUGGUGGACUGGCCGUAUACGAGGAAGAGAGGGCUUGUUCCCUGGUAACUACGUGGAAAAGAUUUGAUCAAGGCCAAACUUUCUUGUCAAUUUUUGUGGACUUUUUUUGGAAACUAAGUAAAAAUCUUCUGGAUAACUGGUUACACGAUGAAGGGACUGUGUGAAAUAUAAUAUGGUAAUGAUGGUUAAAGUGCAUAUGACAGGUUUGCAUGUUUUUCUAACUCUGACGUGGUUUGGUGGGAUAGUAACCGUGGUAAAUAUGUAUUAUAGUUUUAUAUCAGUUAAGUGGCAGUUUGUGGAAAAAGCUGAGAGGAAAAGGACAAAAGUACAGGAAGUAGUGCUGAGUUUUACAGCGGUUUAACACACUGAACACUGAAGAUUCCAUCCAAAAGACAAUUUACAAACAAGGAAGGCAUUUUUUCUGGCAGUUUAAACACAGAUUUCACAAAAAGAAGGUGUUUGUAUUAGUCUAAUCUUAACUAAUGUGCAAUUUUUUACGAUUGUUAUUAUGGUUGCUAGGUAAUAGUUAAGUUUUUAGUGUGUUUUUUAACUUAAAUAUAAUGUUAGUGAUACGAGUAGUCUUACCUGUCUUAUGCACUUUAACAACAGCUCUCAGGUUUCAUCUGCACAAUAUCCUUUUUUAAGAAGUGACCCAGCAACAAGAUCUUUGACUCCCAUAACACCUUUUUACAAUUCCCAUUGGCUUGGAGAUUAGGUUACAGCUCGGACAAUAGUUGACGGGCGGAAUAAUAUGGGCUUGUUUCUUGUGUUUACAUUUGGCAGGUCUCUAAAGCAACAACUGGUUUUGUGAGGUAAUUUGGUAACGACCUAAUUAGAAACGUCUGUGUGCUACUCUUAAAGUUUUUUGUAACUUUUUUGAUGUGUGAGUGUCUGCUACCUGCUUGUCUUGGUGGAAAUGUUAUUACUUUGCCUGGAAUGUUGUGUAGUAAAGCGUUAAACUGAUGUAUCUCGAUGGAGACAAGCAGAUGACUCAACCAGGGCAAGUAUCAGGUCAGGUCAGAGUGAAAAUCCAUGUUUUUUAAUGUAUUUUCAAGCAAUAUAAACCUCUAUAACUGUAUAUUUGCACGAUAGAUGAGUUUAAUGCCAUACUGUGGAACCUUCAAGGCAAAGAAUCUUCAUGGAGAAAAGUAAUAGACGCCACCAGGCCAAGUUACACGUCAGAUCUUUGUUGAAGUGAGUGGAAACUCCACUCACACUAAGAAUGCAUGUUUGUAAUUGAAUAAAAUCUAGUGUGAGAAUGAGCAUUACGUCAUAGUGUGGAGCGUUUCAGGAAAAGUAAUACUGUGGAACACUGACGGCAAAGCUAUAACAUCGGCACGAAGACGAACAGGUGAUGAAACUCUGCCAGAAAAGUUGGCAGUGAAGCUUUAAACACGGCUGCAAACUUGUUAUCUUUCAAAAUUUGCUGUUUUGAUCUCGAAAUUGGACAUUCACAGAGCGACGGUUUAGUGAUUAUGAUUAUAAUUUAUAGCAUAUUUAUACACACACACUCUCUGAUGAAACUAUAGGACGCCACGCUAAUCCUUAAACUAAUCGCCAAACAACGUAGAGCUCCUAAUCUUGUGUGAAAGUGGGAAACUAAAAACAUAGCCACAUUUGAACUACAAAGUAUUAGUUAAUUUACCUUCUGAAAUGCUGUAAAACGCAGAGAAUUGCAUAGAUUUUGUUACAAAAAAAAAAAUCCCAGAUCCUUUUUUUUCCAUCUUGACACCUCUGAUAAUAAUAUAAACUACAGACACAUUCUUGACUGUGUGUUUUUUUUAUAAAAUUCACACUUCUCAGCAUUUCGAGCACAGCAGAUGUUUGAUUAGAUGCCGUGGAUGGUUAGACUGUCACUUUUAUCACUAUAGCCUUGUGCAGCUCUGUUUAAAGUAUCAAAACUGUUCUCAAAAGCCAAACUUGUUCUGUCACUGUAUUAACUUUGAAAGACUUGUUACAUAUGCUGUGCUUUUACCUGCACAUUGACCUAGUACGACUGUAAUAAUGGAAUAUUUUGUGCUCAAUUUUGUAGAUAAAGUGAUUUCCUCAUCUUG